AUGAAACGUAUUGAUGAGAUUAAGGAGAGGAGCCGGCUGGAAGCGCUAGAAGAAGAAACCCAAUUGCAGAUAUUGAAAGUGAAACAGAGGCAGAUUGAACGACAGCGACGUGAACUGGAGGAGCUUCAACAGCUAUCAAGACUGGUUGAAGAAGGGUCCGAAUACGACGAAGAACAAGGCGAAAGUGAGAUAAGUUACAUUGAUAAGGUGCAGGGGUGGAUAAAUGUGUGCGAACCGGCGAAUCCUGGUAGAUCGCGGCAGCAGAACAUAGCUUCAGAAGCUGGAGCUAGCCAAUUCUCGUUAAAUUUGCGGAGGGCCAAUGAGAACGAGAUGAUAAGUAGGCGUUAUAUGCAGCAGAACAAUUCCAGCAUGGUAGCCGGACCGACGCAGCUCCAAAUUGCUUCGCGUCAGGUUUUCCCGAAAGGUCUUCCCGUCUUCACAGGUCAUCCACAGGAUUGGCCGCUUUUCAUCAGUGCUUAUGAUCAAGCUAACGCAUCCUGUGGGUUCACGAAUGCUGAAAACCUUGUCAGACUGCAACAGGCUUUGCAGGGGAGGGCUUUGGAAAUCGUUCGGAACCUUUUGCUACUACCCGAAAACGUACCAACGAUCAUCGACAAGUUACGCCGCCGUUUUGGAAAUCCUGAGAUCUUGUCAACAAUGCUGGCACAACGGAUUCAACGACUCGAAGGACCAGAUUCGGAGAAUUUGGAGUCCAUAAUUGAAUUUGGGAGUGCAGUUGGAGAAUUCACUCAGCAUCUUCAGGUUUCGAAACUAGAUGAUCAUCUGAAGAACCCGAUACUAAUGCAGAGCCUAAUACAAAAACUGCCACCGUGUUAUGCUAUGCAAUGGGUCGAAUAUAAACGCCGUUUCCAAGUGGUAGAUUUGAAAACAUUUGGAAGUUUUAUGGAGGAUUUGGUGGACAAAGCGCUGGAAGUAUCGUUUGAAAAAAUAGACAUCAGUUCAGCAAAAAGGCGUGAAAAACUGAAGACGAAGGUUUUCACCCAUAUGACGGAAGAUGUUCUAGAAGCAAGUGGUAGUAAAUCUGUCCAGCAGCACAACAAGACGCAGCCGGCUACACAGGCCCUAAUAUCUCCAAGAAAGGACAUCAGUUGCUCCAUCUGCGAGGAACCCGGGCAUUUUGGUCGAGAUUGUCGAGAAUUUCGCAAUACAGGUUUGGAACGAAGGUGGAUGAUGGUGAAACACAUGGGUCUAUGCCCACUUUGCAUUUACAAUCAUGGAAAGUGGCCCUGUAGAUCGAAGAUUAGAUGUGAGAUCGAAGGGUGCAAGGGUCCACAUCAUCCGUUGCUGCACCCACCGAUCCACGCAGAGAGUGUCAACGCGGAAGCACACUGCAACAGUCAUUGCUCGCCCAAUAAGACAGUGUUGUUUCGUGUAGUUCCUGUUACACUGUAUAGUGAAGCUAACAAAUUAGACACCCUUGCCCUGGUGGACGAAGGGUCAUCGACGUCAUUAAUUGACAGUGAAAUAGCUGAGUAUUUGCAAUUGAGUGGACCACGAGAGCCGUUCGAGAUGCGAUGGACAAAUGGGGUAAGCCGAACGGAGACUCAUUCGAGAAGUGUCGAAGUAAAGAUUUCGGGAAGAGGGGGUAACAACUAUGACAUGUGCAUUGCGAGGACAGUUAAAAGGUUGCAUCUACCAGCUCAACAGUUGAAUGCAGACCUACUAAUAGAAGAAUUCCGGCACCUAAGAGAUGCUGAAAUUCCAAGCUACGAGCUAGAUACGCCGAAACUCUUGAUUGGAAUCGACAAUAUGCAUCUCAUCGCCCCGUUGGCGUCACGAAUCGGAGAGAAAGGAGAACCGAUUGCCGUCAAGUGCAAUCUGGGAUGGACGGUAUACGGACCACGACCGAACAUUGUAGCAGACUUGCAUUUCCUUGGUCAUCAUCGCUGUGUUUGUGAGAAGUGUAGCAAGGCAGAUCAAGAUUUGAAUCGGAUGUUACAAGACAAUUUUCAACUUGAAGCCGUGGGUAUUUCCCCAGUGCGGCUAGAAUCGAAGGAAGAAUUUCAUGCACGGAAGAUUCUAGAAAGCACGACGAAGCGGAUUGGCGAUCGUUUCGAGGUCGGUCUACUAUGGAGAAACGGAGAACCCAACUUUCCGGAGAGCUACUCUAUGGCGUACAAGCGAUGGAAGAAUCUAGAGUCUCGUCUGGACCGGAAUCUUGGGGUUAGAGAAAUUUUGCAGAAGCAGAUAGAGGAAUAUGUAGUCAAGGGCUACGCACACAAGAUCACGGAACGCGAGUUGUCGGAGACAUCACCGGACCGGUGUUGGUACCUACCCUUAAACUACGUCAUCAAUCCGAAGAAACCCGGCAAAGUAAGAAUGGUAUGGGAUGCUGCCUCAAAGAGCAAUGGAGUUUCUUUCAACGAUAGUCUUUUGAAGGGACCUGAUCUGGUUACAUCGUUAUCCGCAGUAAUCAACGGCUUUCGCGAGCGCAAGGUGGCAUUCGGUGGUGACAUCCGAGAGAUGUUCCACCAAAUAUUGGUGCGGCAAGAGGAUCGACAGGCUCAACGUUUCCUAUUUCGGUCUGAUACGGACAGCGAACCGGAAAUUUACGUGAUGGACGUUGUUAUAUUUGGAGCAAGCUGUUCACCUUGCUUGGCACAAUUUGUCAAGAACAAAAACGCCCGUAAGCAUCUACAGAACUAUCCAACAGCAGCCAACGCAAUCAUUCGAAAACAUUACGUCGAUGACUAUUUCGACAGUGCAGACACGGAAGCUGAAGCGGUAGCACUCGCGAAGGACGUUAAGAAAGUGCAUGCGGACGCUGGAUUCGAAAUUCGAAACUGGGUGAGCAAUUCAUCGAAUGUUCUUGAACAACUCGGUGAAGCUGAGUUGAAAAUGGAAAAAUCUCUUGAUGCGGUGUCCGAUACAGAGAGAAUCCUUGGGAUUAUGUGGCGACCUGAAACUGAUUCUUUUGGGUUUUCCACUGUAUUUAGAGAAGAUUUGAAGCAAUACAUAGAGGGAGCAUGGCCCACAAAACGAAUAGCUUUACGCUGCAUAAUGAGUAUGUUCGACCCAAAGCAGUUCCUGGCACCAAUACUGAUCCACGGCCGCAUUUUGAUCCAGGACUUGUGGCGGAGUGGUAUCGGCUGGGAUGAAAAAAUAGGAGCGGCACAUUACGACCGAUGGUUGCGAUGGACAGGAUUGUUUCCGUUGAUAAAUAAUAUAAAUGUUCCCCGCUGUUACCUCGGAAAGCUACAUCCUGAUGCGUAUGAUACGGUCCAGCUCCACGUGUUCGCGGACGCAGGAGAAGAAGCUUAUGGGUGCGUCGCCUACUUCAGGUUCACGGAUGGAAAAACGGUUCACUGUGCGUUUGUGGAAGCAAAAGCAAAAGUGGCCCCUUUACAGUAUCUUUCCAUUCCAAGAAAGGAAUUGGAGGCAGCAGUACUAGGAGCGCGGUUGCUGAAGGCGAUUUGUGAAAGUCAUUCCAUCACGAUAAAAAGACGAUUUCUGUGGACAGAUUCGAAUGCAGUUGUAUCAUGGGUGAAAUCAGACACGAGGCGGUAUAAACCAUUUGUAGCUCACCGAAUAGGGGAGAUUCUGACCAUAACACAACCGGAAGAUUGGCGUUGGGUUCCUACUAAGAGCAAUGCUGCAGAUGACGUAACAAAGUGGGGAGAGUGGACCCAACUGAGCUCGAAUGGUCGAUGGUUUUGUGGUCCGGAUUUUCUGUACAAGCCAGAAGAAGACUGGCCGACGCAAAAGUUCAAAAUUGUAGAAGUGGAAAACGAACUACGAGCUAGCAUUCUGUUACAUAACAUUGUAUUGCCAGACGCAGUAUUACCCAGAGUGAAACACAUUUCGAAGUGGAAGGUGCUUGUACGAACGGUGGCGACGAUGUAUCGUUUCGUAUCGAACUGUCGGCGUAGAAUCAACGGACAAGUGAUUGAAGCUUUGCCCACAUUGAAUAAGAGAGUUGCAAAGAUACCUGCAGAUUUAGUCCCGUUGCGUCAAGAGGAGUAUCUGUUAGCAGAAAACCUAAUAUGGCGUGUAGCGCAAGGCGAAGAGUAUGCGGACGAGGUGAAGACGUUGAUAAAAAACCAGAAAUCACCAAUGGAUCAUCCAAGACCGAUUGAGAAAAGCAGUCCUUUGUACAGGCUGUCACCAUUUUUGGACGAAUAUGGAAUUGUACGGAUGGAAGGUAGAACAGCAGCGGCCAAGUACGCAGCAUUCGAUGUGUGA